CUUCUUUCACCCUCUAAAUCAUCAUCAUGUCAACAUAAAAAAAAAAUCUUCUCUCUCUGACUACAAACCGAAUCGAACCAAACGUAACGUAACGGCCCGGUCAUUGUUUUCUGUCCCUCGGCUACCUAAGUCUCUAUCUCCUCCGAUUCGUAAGCAAAAAUGACGUCCAAGAACCAUAAGAAGAUGACGAAGAGUUACUUCGACGUUCUUGGGAUCUGUUGUACCUCAGAGGUUCCUCUGAUUGAGAGUAUCCUCAAGUCUCUCGACGGAAUCAAGGAAUAUUCCGUCAUAGUGCCGUCAAGAACCGUCAUCGUCGUCCAUGACAGCCUCAUCAUCUCCCAGCUCCACAUUGUUAAGGCCCUUAACCAAGCAAGGCUAGAAGCAAAUGUGAGGGUGACCGGAGAAACCAACUUUAAAAAUAAAUGGCCAAGUCCCUUCGCGGUUGUUUCCGGCGUUCUCCUCCUCCUUUCACUCUUCAAGUAUCUUUACUCUCCCUUCCGUUGGUUCGCCGUCGCAGCCGUUGCCGCCGGAAUAUAUCCAAUACUAGCCAAAUCUUUAGCAUCCAUUGCAAGGUCUAGAAUCGAUAUCAACGUUCUUGUUAUAUUGUCACAAACAGUGGGAGCAACACUUGGUAUGCAAGACUACACAGAAGCUGCAGCAGUUGUAUUCUUGUUCACAAUCGCUGAAUGGCUCCAAUCUAGGGCUAGCUAUAAGGCAAGCGCGGUUAUGCAGUCGCUGAUGAGUUUAGCUCCGCAGAAGGCAGUGAUUGCAGAGACCGGAGAAGAAGUUGAGGUGGAUGAGCUCAGGAUCAACACUGUUAUAGCAGUCAAAGCUGGUGAAACCAUACCUAUUGAUGGAGCUGUUGUGGAUGGUAACUGUGAGGUCGAUGAGAAAACGUUGACCGGUGAAGCAUUCCCUGUGCCUAAACUGAGAGAUUCAACGGUUUGGGCUGGAACCAUCAAUCUUAAUGGUUAUAUAACCGUGAAGACAACUUCUCUAGCUGAGGAUUGUGUGGUUGCAAAGAUGGCAAAGCUAGUGGAGGAAGCUCAGAACAGCAAAACCGAAACUCAGAGGUUUAUAGACCAAUGUUCUAAGUACUAUACUCCAGGGAUCAUCAUAGUGUCACUCUGUUUUGUGGUUAUCCCAUUCGCAUUGAAGGUUCACAACAUGAAACAUUGGCUUCACUUAGCACUAGUUGUGCUAGUAAGCGCUUGUCCUUGUGGGCUUAUUCUCUCAACACCUGUAGCCACUUUCUGUGCGCUCACUAAAGCAGCCACAUUAGGACUUCUUAUUAAAGGAGCUGAUUAUCUUGAGACCUUAGCCAAGAUUAAGACCGUUGCUUUUGACAAAACCGGGACCAUCACUAGAGGAGAGUUCAUCGUCACCGAUUUCAAGUCACUUUCCAGAGAUAUAAGCCUGCACAGCUUGCUUUACUGGGUAUCAAGCGUGGAGUGCAAGUCAAGCCACCCAAUGGCUGCUACACUUGUGGACUAUGCAAAAUCUGUUUCUGUUGAACCUAAGCCUGAAGCGGUUGAGGAGUAUCAGAACUUUCCAGGAGAAGGUAUCUAUGAGAUUGAUGGCAAAGAAAUCUAUAGGAACAAAAGAAUCGCCUCCAGAGCUGGAUGUUCAUCAGUUCCAGAUACUGAUGUUGAUACUAAAGGAGGAAAGACUGUUGGAUAUGUCUACGUUGGAGAAACACUUGCUGGUAGCUUCAAUCUCUCAGAUGCUUGCAGAUCUGGUGUAGCUCAAGCUAUGAAAGAACUGAAAUCUUUGCGGAUUAAGACUGCAAUGCUUACUGGAGAUAAUCAAGCCGCAGCUAUGCAUGCUCAAGAACAGCUAGGGAAUGCUAUAGAUAUCAUUCAUGCAGAGCUUCUUCCAGAAGGAAAAUCUGAAAUCAUCAAAGAGUUUAAGAGAGAAGGUCCAACGGCUAUGGUGGGAGACGGUUUGAACGAUGCCCCAGCUUUGGCCACAGCAGAUAUUGGUAUCUCGAUGGGUGUUUCAGGGUCAGCACUUGCAACAGAGACUGGUAAUAUAGUCUUGAUGUCUAAUGACAUCAGGAGGAUACCACAAGUGAUAAGGCUUGCACGCAGAGCUAAAAGGAAAGUGGUGGAGAACGUGGUCUUGUCCAUCACUAUGAAAGGAGCGAUUCUUGGUUUGGCUUUUGCUGGUUACCCGUUGAUUUGGGCGGCUGUGCUUGCAGAUGUGGGGACUUGUCUUCUCGUGAUUCUUAAUAGCACGAUGUUGCUUAGGGAUAAACAAAAGGGUGGAAACAAAUGUUAUAGGUCUUCUUUCUCUUCUUCUUCUCCUUGCGUCUUAAACGCGGAGAAACAUGAAGGUGAUGAUGCUAGUGCUGGGAACAUGGAAGCAGGGUUAUUACCACCAAAGAAGAGUGAUAAGCAUUGCAAGUCGAGCUGUUGUGGAAAUAAGAAUCAAGAGAAAGUGGUGAAGCCGCACCAUGGUCACCCUGGUUGUUGCGACAAGAAACAGAAAGACGAUGUAAAGAUUGUGAGGAAGAGCUGUGAGUCAGGGUGUUGUGGUAGUGGUAACAAGACUCAGAAACCAGACCAAGACGAGGUGAAACAUAGCUGUCAUAACAUGCCUGGUGUCUCAUCGGAGGAGAUAAGACUUGACGUUGGCGAUGGUGAUGGUGAUUGCAAGUCCGUUUGUUUUGGAACUGGCACAAUACAACAAGAAGGUUGUUCAAACUUGGUCAAUCUAGAUGGAGAAGUAAGAGUCUCGGUCAAAGGUUGUUGCUCAAGCCCUGCUGAUCAUGUGGUAGCUAGCUUGAAAGUGAAGAGCAAUGGGCACUGUGAAAGUUCCAAGGAAGAUAAAGAAGAGACCUGUUCUGAGGUGAAAAUAAACUGUGGCAGCAGAGAGAAGAGCCACAGUCACCAUCACCACCACCAUGCUUGAAAGAGAUUGUGAUUGAGUUAGCUUUUAGCUUCUUGCUCAAAUUUGUAACCUUUUCAUCUUGGAAUCAUAUCAGCAAGGAAUCCUUUUUACUU